GAUGGCAAGCGGCAUGGCCAGCGGCAGCAGGUGUAUUUCCUCCAUGUUCCCUUAAUGCUCUCGAUUCUUCAGAAUCUGUUGUUGGUAAUUUGUUCAUCUGGUGUGUGCUGCUGAAUCUCCUAGCAUCGCCGGAUCCCACCCUGUGUAACAGGUUGCAGGUCAGCGGGAGACUGAGCCAAGCAAAUCCAAAGGAGCACCUUCAGAAAUGUGUCAAAGAAACGUGGAAGUACAACACAGCAGUAAAUGAGGAGGGAAGGGAGACAGAAAAAGGACCAAGAGCUGUCGACUGGAAGGGCACGGAACAGCCCCACGGAACUGCGUCUCCCAAAAGGAUGAUUGUGGAUUCUGGAGGAAAUGUGAGUUAAAGAUAUCUACACUUUGAUCAGAUCUCAAGAGAAAUCUUCCUCCUGUCUUGGUUUUGAAUGAUGGGCUCUUGGAAGCACUGCCUUUUCAGUGUGUCUCUUAUCACUGUCCUGAUUUUUGUAUUCAUUUACAAUAAUGAGUUAUGGGAGAGGAAACAGUUUCUGAGAGCAUCUCUGUCCAAUGCUUCGCUGUUAGCAGAAGUCUGUCACCAGAUUUUUAAGGGGAAGGUGUUUUACCCACCAGAGAAUGCAUUGAAAACUACCCUCAGUGAAUCUACCUGCUAUGAGUACGUGGCUCAAAGUCACUAUAUAACAGAAACCCUCUCUGAAGAAGAGGCAGGGUUCCCUUUGGCUUACAUGCUGACCAUCCACAAAGACUUUGGCACUUUUGAGAGACUCUUUAGGGCAAUUUACAUGCCACAGAAUGUCUACUGUGUUCAUGUGGAUGAAAAGGCGACAGAUACAUUUAAAGGUGCAGUGAAGCAACUCCUGAGCUGCUUCUCCAAUGCUUUCCUGGCUUCCAAGAUGGAGCCAGUUGUCUACGGUGGGAUUUCCAGGCUCCAGGCUGACCUGAACUGCAUCAAAGAUCUUGCGGCCUCGGAGGUUCCAUGGAAGUACGCCAUCAACGCCUGUGGGCAAGAUUUCCCCCUGAAAACCAACAAGGAAAUAGUUCAGUAUCUGAAAGGAUUUAAAGGGAAAAACAUCACCCCAGGGGUGCUGCCCCCAGCUCAUGCCAUUGGACGGACUAAAUAUGUCCACCGAGAACUAUUACACAAAACCAAUUCCUAUGUGCUUAGAACAACAAAUUUAAAACCUCUGCCUCCACACAACAUGACCAUUUACUUUGGCACCGCCUAUGUGGCCCUCACAAGGGAAUUCGCUAACUUUGUCCUCCAAGACCAGCAGGCACUUGACUUACUUUCCUGGUCCAAGGACACCUACAGUCCUGACGAACAUUUCUGGGUGACACUCAAUAGGAUUCCUGGUGUCCCUGGCUCCAUGCCAAACGCAUCAUGGAUGGGUAACCUCAGAGCUGUGAAGUGGAUUGACAUGGAAGAUAAACAUGGAGGCUGCCAUGGCCACUACGUACAUGGCAUUUGUAUCUAUGGAAAUGGUGACUUAAAGUGGUUGAUUAAUUCGCCAAGCCUCUUUGCUAACAAGUUUGAGCUUACUACCUACCCCCUUACUGUGGAAUGCCUAGAACUGAGGCUUCGAGAAAGAACCCUAAAUCAGAGUGAAACUGCAAUACAACCCAGCUGGUAUUUUUGAUCUACUACAACUUCUGCUUGAAGGGAAAUCACAGUUGGGAAGAAGAGCCCUUCUUUGUGAAAAAAUCUUUGCCUAGGUUAUGUUAACAGUUUCGGGACCAAGGUUAUGCCUCAGGACCUGGCUACGUUAUUAUAUGUUAAAAUAUCCACUGGACACUGUGAACUAUGCUAACAGGGUGGCUGCACAGAGCCAGCCUGGCACAUUAGCCACUCUGGUGGUUUCCUGAUGUUCACCUCUAUAUCAGGCUAUUGCUCUGAUCAAUGAUAAAUUUAACUGUUAUCAGAUCUUUCCACCAGAUACUCAUCAUAUAUAGAUGUUCUUAUGAAAAGGAAAAUUGUAGAUAACACUCCUUAGGAAAAUAAGAAUUGGGUUUUUUUUGAAGAAGGAAUCAUUUAUAACAGAUCUAUAGCCCCAUAUUAAUGGGCACCAGUCCUCUUUGCUCAACCUCACAUAGGCAUGGAAACAGUUUUGUGGGUAACUCACCAAUCUUCUUUAAAACUUGAGCUACUAGAAUUGAGAACUAGAUCUCGUUCCUGAGUUUCAACACUAGCAUUUUCAGUUACUGUGUCUAAAGUUCUGUACAGAAUGUGAAGUCAUUAGCAGGAGGCAGGAUCUGCUUUCAGACAGCAGUCACUGCCUGCUGAUCCAGUAAAAGGACCCCAGAGAAACUGAACGUUUCUCGAUUAUGUGUCAUAAUGUGCUCUGAUCCUUUGUCUGUCAUCUUCCAUUGAGAACACUGAAAAGUUCUCUCAGAAUGAAGAUAUUCUUAGAAAAAAGGUGCUAUUGCAUGGAUCUAGUCUCAAGUCUCUUACACCCCAGAAUGAAUCACUUUCCUCUUCUGUCACCACCCUCCACCCCCACCAAAGUUAUCUUACUUGCAAAAUGGAGACCAAGUUCUAUCCUGUGAGGCUUGAAGGACUCCAUAGUAUUCUCUGAGUAGCUUUACAGUGCCUGGUGCUGAUAAGAAUGCCUAGAUUUUUAAGAGCUUUUGAGUGUGGGUGAGCAUCUCUGUCGUUUAUCCCUUGUCCUGCUCACUUAUCCAAUUCAUUCAUUCAGCAUGCAAUCAAUAAAUAUUUCUUGAGUGUCUAUUAUACACCAGACAUAUGCUGAGACAAGUAGGAAAAGUAAGACAGAAGCUUUUUCACUCUAAAAAUCUUGGUAAUAAUGUUAACAUUGGAAAGCCUGCUCUAGAGAAUCUUAGAGUGCUUGUAUUUUAAUACAUUCAUUCUGCAGGGUUGUAGAGUGUGAUAUUGAGCCAAGGAGCGCAGUAAUUACAAGUCGAGGUUUAAAUCAGAGAUUAUUCAAAAGAGAAAAGGGAAGGAGGAGACAAAAGCUGAAGCCUACUGUGUUCUAGGCAUUCUGCUAGCUCCUUAUAUGUCUCCUUGCAGUCAAACCUCACAAUACUCUUGUAUCAAUACUUGAUAACCCCCAUGUUGCAGAUGAAGAGAGUGAGGCUGAGAGAAGUUGAUAAUAAGCAUAGGAAACAAGUUCUCUGUCUGAGAACUGGGAUUCUCUUACUGGUCUUCUUAGUUCAUUUCCUGAGGUGGACUAUUUAGAGAAGAUGAAAUAAAGCCAUAUUUAGUGUACUAGAGAAGGUAGGUUUUAAGAAUGGUCUCAGUGUUAAUAUUGAGAAAAAGUCCUGUCACCUCAGAAAAAUGUCGUCUACUUGUGUUUUCCUCUAAUCCACUGAGUUCCUUAAUAUUUAUUUAUUCUAAUGAAAAACAGUUACAACUAAUGACACGUUUAAUCAACACAGUUUUUUUCCUGUAAUUGUGCCUGUUGAAUGUUAAUCAUAUUUAAAGGGAAUGACUUUGAAAUAAAUCCCUUUUUUUUCCGGCUACUGAAAGAGAUGGAACCGUAUUGGGUGGUAAAGGGUUGAGGGAUGAGGAAUACAUCCAGAGCUAAUGGCAUAGUCUAAAAAUCAUCUUUUUCCAACUUAUUUAAAUGAUGCCACCUGAGAAGAAGAAAUGUUUUACACUGGAUCUUUCUCAUGUAGAGUGAGAAAUCUUUUGGAAUAGAAGAUGUUUACAUGUCCGUUGCUGGUCAUCUCUCCUAUGUCUCAAGUGCUUUAAUAUUGGAAGAAUGUAGUGUUUGGGCUAGUGGGUUUCUGCUAGCCCAUCGGGAUGCCCUGAAACUACUGAAUCCGUCUUUGUCUUUGAUGAUGUUCCAUGUUGUUUUCUUGGAAAUAAAUUAAUAUAUUGUUUUCCACCUUUGGAAUACA